AUGAAGACUUAUUUAAUGACCAUUGUCAUCCUUCUGAUCCUGGUUCAUAAGACUUCAGGAAGCAUGAAGAAUUUACCAAGAAGACAGACGAUGGAGAAAGAACAGAAAUGUGAGAAUAACCAAGGAUUCUGCAGAAAGAAAUGCCAAGACCAAGAAGUUGAACUGCGCUACUGUUUAAGUGGCAAAAUGUGCUGUAUAAGUACAUAUUCAACCCUAAUUACUUAUCUAGAAAAGGAAACUAUUCACAUAAGACAUUUAGGUACCACCUUAAGUGAACAUGUUUACUGA